UGCCCUUUUCACUACGUAUUUCCGGUGUGCGGUGUCUGCUCGCUCACUUACUGUGUAGAGUGACCAAGGCCCCGGGCCGGGUGAAGAGGAGGAGCCGCCACCGGGAACCGAACGAGGAGAAGUGGAGAGACGGGAGAAGGACAGAUACCGAAAUGUCUUUCAUUUUUGAGUGGAUUUAUAACGGCUUCAGCAGUGUGCUGCAGUUUUUAGGGUUAUACAAAAAGUCUGGAAAGCUAGUGUUUUUAGGCUUGGACAAUGCAGGAAAAACCACACUUCUACACAUGCUUAAGGAUGACCGGCUUGGACAGCACGUUCCCACACUACACCCCACUGCAGAAGAGUUGACGAUUGCUGGAAUGACAUUCACAACCUUUGACCUUGGGGGACACGAGCAAGCUCGUCGUGUGUGGAAGAAUUACCUACCAGCUAUCAAUGGGAUUGUUUUCCUUGUGGAUUGUGUAGACCAUUUACGUUUUAUGGAGUCAAAAAUUGAACUGAAUGCGCUUAUGACAGAUGAAACGAUAUCUAACGUGCCAAUUCUUAUUUUGGGGAAUAAAAUUGACCGACCCGAAGCAAUCAGUGAGGAGAGACUAAGGGAAGUCUUUGGGCUGUAUGGACAGACGACAGGAAAAGGUAACGUGCCACUGAAAGAUCUGAAUGCUCGUCCAAUGGAAGUGUUUAUGUGCAGCGUGCUCAAGAGGCAGGGUUAUGGCGAAGGAUUCCGUUGGCUCUCUCAGUACAUUGACUGAAACACUAUUUUUUUUUUUGUUUUCCUCACCCAUCCCUCGUUUUGAACGGCAAGAAAAAAAAAAAAACUUCUCCGAACUUGAUCCUGAUUGACUCUAUCAGUGUGAGGCAAACUCGCAUAGGCAGUGAUUAACUCAACACAACAACCAGGAGUCUUGUGAGGCACCUCCUUCUGACCCAGAGUUAAAUGGAUUCAAAAGAAAUCAGUUCUAUUUUAAAAUGUGGCAAUGUUAUCUGUCCCUCCCUGCCCACCCCCUUUUUUAUCAUUUUGUUUUGUGUAGUGUUUGUAUUAGGCUUUAUUUUUCUUUACACUAUUUAAUGGUAUUUACAUAUAUCACAAAAUAUUGAUCUGAUUAUCUUGGCAUUAGUUAUCUGCAAUAAACAUAGUUUUGGGCCGGCCUGUUCUACAUUAAUGAAUCUACCCCUGGUGUCUGAUCGGGGUGGGAGACCACUAUGUGCUUGCCUUUUAUUUUUACAUAGUUGGGUGGAAAUAUCUGAAGAUGACAGGUCACUGCUGUUUGUUUCAAACAUGCUGUUCUAAGCUGCUCUUUUUAAUACUUUUUUUUAUUUUCUCCCUCACAUGAAUAUUUGAGUGCAUACUGUAGAGUCAUUCUUACUUUUUUCUUUUUCCUAAAGAGAUCUGAUUGUUAAGAAAAUUGUUAAGGAUCAACCCACAUGUGGUACAAGGUUAUACUAACAAUAGUGAGACAAUACAUUUGAAGAUAUGGAUUUCAUCUUAUUUUGUGUUGCCCCUACUCACUGUUUUAGUUGCUUUUUAAAACAACUGGAUUGCCCAGCCCCAGUCUGCAGCCGAUAGAGUUUUCAAUAAAGUAAAAACAAUCAGACAUAUUAUAUUGUGAUGUUUUUUGGUGCUUAUUUCGUAGUGGAAAGGAUGGUCAAUAACCUAAAUGUGUGUACAAAGCACUUUUUAAUUAUUUCAUUCUUAGGUAAAGGGUUCCAGUGAGCCUUAAGAAAUGUGGGAGCUUGAAGGGGAAUUGUUGCCGUCAAAGCUUAUAGCCUAAUUAAAUUCGUUUAUCAAAACUA